CCCCAGAAAAGCUGUGGGAAAGGUGGGGCUGAGUCAGGUGAUCAUCGCUCAGCUAGCUGGACGGACAAUGGCUCUCACCAACCGGGCUCUGCUGCUUUUAUUGGAGCCGAAACGGCUUUUUAGAAUAAGCAGUGAGAUUCAGAGUGGUUUGGAUUUGUAAAGUAAGUUGUUUUAAAGCGGGAGGCGGCGGAGGGAGCACCUCUGGUAGUCUGUGGGAGGGGCGACACCAGCCCGACCGACCGACCGACCGACCGCAGUCAGUCAGUCAGUCAGUGAGUCAGUGUGGAGGUGCUGAAGCUGACCGGAGCAUCAUCCCUCUCUCACGUUAUCUCUCCAUCUCUGGAUGCCACUUUGCUCCACCGCCCGCCCUGCCGUGGCUGAUGGAAACAGACAUCCGUAAAAAUGUGCGCGAAUGUGUUCGGAGUUUUGAAAAGCCUGUUUGGGAAGCCCUUUGAUGGCGGGAAGAGGAUGGACCAUGGCGGUCCGCAGCAGCAGCAGCAGCAUCAGAUGGAGCAGCAGCAGCCGUAUCACCCGCAGCACCCGGCCAUGAUGCGGUUGUACGAGGUCCAGAAGGAGGUGGCGUCUCUGGGUCCUCAGGUCUGCACCUUCAGCGGCCUGCAGAACGACCGCGACUAUAAGCGUCUGGAGCGCGAGCUGACGCAGCUGCUGCUGGUGGUGGACCAGGUGGACACGGAGGGCAAGCCGGAGCUGCAGGGGGCGCGGAAGAGAGCGGCGCAGGAAGUGGAGGGCCUCCUGCGCUACCUGGAGGAGAACGCCACUCAUCCGUCCCGCCAGGCCAUCGAGGAGAUGAGCAACGCGGCGCGGCAGCUGGUGGACGAGCGCGUGGUGGCGCCCCAACGGUCCGGCGGGGUGGCCGAAAUAAACGACGAGCUGGUAGACGCGCUGCAGGAGAUCAUACUGAAGCUCACCCAAAUCAAGACCGAAGGGAGGGUGCCCCUCCGCAAGGCUCGCUACCGGGCGCUCACACGCCUCUGCGCCGUGCAGGACGUGAUCGAGGGGCGCACGCAGCAGCAGACGCUCUCCCUGCCGCUGUCGGGGGAAACCCACGAGGCCGUGCACCGCAUCAACCAGGUGAUGGUGAAGGUGAGCGUGGCGCGCGGUCAGCUGGUGGCCCUGCUGAUGGGUCUGAGCGGGAGGGACAGCUGCGCCCACCUGUCACGGAUCCUCACGGAGAUGCAGGUGGAGCUGGACGCUCUGGAUGUUUCUGGUAACGCGGCGAUCCGAAAUUACAGGAAACAGGUCGUGGAGGAGAUAAAUGGGCUGCUGAAACACCUGGACCUGGAGGGGGAGGGAGACGACACACGCAGGUACGACUUGGCGCAGAACAACUCCAUCCGAGAGAUCGAGGCGGUGCGAGCUCACGUGUCCCACCUGCGGGAGGGCGUCCUGCGGCACUGCGUGAUGGGGGACCUGAGCUUCAGGCCCAAAGCGGAGCUGCAGAGCCUCCUCACCCACCUGGACCAGGUGGACACGGCCAAGAACCCGUGCAUCAGGGAGGCCCGCCGCCGCGCCGUGGUGGAGAUCCAGGCCAUCAUCACCUUCCUGGACCUGCGCGAGGCCCUGGCCCGCCGCCAGCCGGGCCCCAGCGAGCACCCGUCACACCGCACCGUGUGGCUGGUCCUCGGGAGCCUCUCGGACCUGCAGGCCCAGGCGCUGGGCUUCGAUGGCAAGCGGGUCGACAAGAGCUACAUGAUGCUGGAGGAGCUGCUGACCAAACAGCUGCUGGCGCUGGACGCCGUGGACCCGCAGGGCGACGAGACGACCAAGAUGGCGCGGAAGCAGGCGGUGAAGUUCGCCCAGAACAUUCUCAACUACCUGGACAUGAAGACGGACGAGUGGGAGUAUUGAUCCUCUCAGACGUCGGACGGGACGUUGCUGCAGGAGCUGAUAAUGUGUGUAAAUACAAAAAAGAACAAAAAAUAAAACUGGUACGUUAUCAUUCCACGGGCUGUAAAUAUUGACUCAAAUCCCCAGAAUGCACUGCAGCAGCGCUUUUCUUUCGUCUCUUCGUGGUAGUCGUGGCCGAUCCUGCUGAGAAGAACACAGAACUCCUUUUGUGGAACACACUUUGAAUUUUUCUUUUGUGCUUUUUGAAGAUUUCUUUUGAAAACUCCUGUGUGUGUGUGUGUGUAUGUGUGUGUGUGAGUGAGAGAGAGCUGUUUGUCUGUCACUGUGUUAGGUGUGUGUGUGUGUGUGUGUGUGUGUGUGUGUGGUUGUGUUCGUCUAAGCCUGCUGCCAAAGCACUAAAAUAAUGCCUGUCACCGUGGUCGUGUCCUCCAGACUGCUACUUGAUAUCGAUGAAGUGUGACGGAUCGCUCCCCCUCGUCGUCCCCGAUUAAUUUGCUGCAAACGGAGAUGCAUGUGUUAAAUUCAGCGACCUAAUUAGGGAGAGUCGUCCACAGCAGCCGGCUCGGUCCAGAUUGUGACACCUGUUGGUUCUGUGGUUCUGCGCUGAGAAAAACAAACAAAAAAUGUGAUUUAUUUUGUUUUUGCUGUGUUAAAAUCAAGAUUUGUCGUGAUUCUAUCGGGCAGAGCAGAUGGUGCGAACAAAUGUUAAAUGGGAAAUUUAAUCCCAAGUGAAAUUGAGAAAUUUUAGAGGCAGCAACAUAAAAAAAAUAAAAAAAGGUGACACAUUAGAAGUUGAGGCAGGUUAAUGUGUGUUUAAACAGCGAGGACAUGAGGUGGCUCUGCUUGUCGUCCUCUGGUCGAGCUCUGACCAUCGUGGCAAAACGCCCUGAAAAUCCUGCAAACCGCAGCUGUCGUUGGCAGGCGGUCAAAUGACGAGAGACAGCCGAGAGAUAAAGUUAGCGGGAAAAAAAAAUCUGUGUCAGGAUGUUUGAAAAGGAUAAAAGCACCCUUCCCCUCGCAGCUUGUGUCGCUGUUAGUCUGUAACAUGUUUGUUGUGACUUCGUAUGAUCGCGCUAGGCUAUAAAUGGAUCAGGUUUUUUAAAAUUCACAGAUAGAAAAAGGAGGCAGGAGGAGGAGGUUUUUUUUUUUCUUUUUUACUGCUGCUUUUUUUGUUUUUCUACCCACUGCUUUUUUCUUUCUACUGACUGGAGAAGUGCGACUGUGCGAGGUCCCCGGGGAGAGGAAGAGGAAGGGAGGUUUAGGCGCUGAUCUCCUCUGGAUUGACACAUCAAGGCAGGAGCUCACAGGGCCGAGCACUGACGGUGAUCGCAGUCGACACGGCCUUCUAGAAACUUCUCGAAGCUGCUGCUGCUGCUGCUCGAGAGACAGAGAGACGCUGGGUGGGUGGGGAGGGAAAGGACUGGGAGAGAAAGUCCAAAAAUCUCUGUGCCUUUAUUUUCACCCUUUCCCCCCGUGAGCCGGUUCAUGUAAAAGCAGCCUUUCUAGAAAAUAAAGACGCAAAAGCAGCUGCUGGUUUUUGAUACGUAUUGAAGCACUGAAUGUGUUUACGGAGAGCACCUUGGCCGCUAUCGCCACAUGAAAUUUGCACUA